AUGACUCGAUCACUAUUUCGCGCCGUCGCCCUGGCUACGGCCAUGGUCUUUUGGUCAAGUCCCGUAAUCGCUCAGACAGCAACAACUGCCCCUGCGUCGAUUACUACACUGGGCUGCUACCAACAUCCGAAUCCUCUGGUUGAACAAGGAACGUGGACCUUUCAGACUUCUGGCUACUGUCAGACACAAUGUGUGGGCCUGAACAAGGCUGUCAUGGCCAUUACGGGUGGGUCUACGUGUUAUUGUGGUGAUGAACUCCCGUCUCUUGACCAAGAGGUGGACAAGAGCAAAUGUGACUCUCCAUGCAAUGGGUUUGAUCAACAAACUUGUGGUGGAUUGGGCUAUUGGCAAGUCUAUCUCACUGGAUUGACCGCCGAUAUCGACACUGCUCCCAAUAGUACUACCAUCGCAACGACAGCUCAUCCUACCACAACUCAGGCUUCGGACGGCCCAUCAACCACACAACCUUCUGUCAUAACCAAAGCUGGCCAGACCAUCGUUGUAACAGCCUCUUCCGAUGCGGAUUCAAAAUCGUCAUCUUCAGGUGGACCCAACAAGGUCGGAAUCGCUGUCGGCGUUGUGGUUGGAGUCAUUGCUCUCGCUGCAAUCAUCGGUGGUGUGAUUCUGUUCAUGAAGCGUCGGAGAAAUCGCCAGAUCGAAGAGGAGCAUCGUCGCAAUGCUGCUGUCAGCUCGUUUGUCGGAUCCCAAAAGUCGGACAAAACCGACCAGCGACUUGACCCUUCAGUCUUCUCACACCGCCGACCUAGCAUUGGAAGUAUUGCUGAUGAACGCGACUUUUCAAGGAGGAUAUUGCAGGUGCGGAAUCCAGAUAGGGACUCGAAAUCAUCGAACUUGGCCUGA